CCAACAGCAACGAGUGGGAGUGUCAACAAAAGCAAAAACCAGAACAACCUCAGUACCAGCAUUAUAUCCAUGACUUCCACGACCACAACAACAACCACAAAUACAAGCAACAAUGCCACAAUGAAGACCACAGCCACUCCCAACAUCCCAGGCAACAAUAUUGGCAGCAACAUGAACAGUAUCAACAACAACACACCCACCAACAAUACUACAAACAACGCUGCAAACAACAUCAACAGCCAAAACAAACCAUGGAGCAGUGCAGCAAGCGCUGGGGCAGCAGCUGGUGGUUCCCCUGGGGCACCACUCCCACUGGAUGUGGUCCCCUACCAUCUCCUCAGUCCAACAGUCGCCGUUUUUUCAGCGGGAGUUCCCCAAACUUGGUGGUGGCAAUUCACUAGCAGAGUCAUCGCCUCAGUAUGGGCCGGGCCCCAGCUUACGGCCACAGACAGAGGGAAGUUGGAUUCAGGGUGGUGGACGUGGUUUUAGCUCAAGCACCGCAGGAUGAGCG